AUGUGUGGGAUACACAAGGACACGAAGAAGAUCUUCUGUGAAGAGAGCAAGACCCUGCUUUGUUUGCCCUGCUCUGAAACUCAAGAGCAUGGAGCGCACAGACAUUCUUCCAUAGAAAGUGCUAUGGAGGAGUGCAGAAUAAAAAAAAAAAAAUUUAAAAAAGCAAGUGCUGUGGAGGAAUACCUGGAGCUGAUAAAACAAAUGACAGCUUUAACGGAAAAGAUUCAAGAGAAUGAGAGAAAUCUCAGUGAAGAAAGCAAUAUAAUAAAUAUGCGAUCUGCACUGAAUAUUACAUGUUGCAUCCAGAAACACCUUAGAGAAAUGUACAAGGAGCUGCUUAAUAUGUGCCAUAAAUCAGAUGUGGAGCCACUCCAGGAUUUGGGUGACAUAUUGUCCAGGAUGAAAGGCAGGUUAAACCAAUUUGGGGUUGAAAUUUCUUUCUAUUAUGAAAUAAGCAGUCAUGGUACCAUGCAUUCUGAUUUUGUAAAGAGACUUGACUUUGGGUAUGAUGUGCAAGAUGGGUGUUUUUCUUCUGCAAGAUAUAACUUUGCCGAUUGGGGAUCCCAGGGCAUUACCUCUGGAAAAUAA